AUGGAAGAUACAUUAAAGAUACAUAUUGAUGGUAUUAGGGCCAUUGAUCAACAUUGUCAUAACAUACUUAGUGCACCACAUUGCUUCGAUAUACCUCUAGUCCAAGCAUUCACCCAAGCAUCAGUCUGUUCAGACAAUGACAAGUACUUUAAAGAGCAGUCCUCUAGUACAUUGUUAUACAGGAGGACUGUUAAAGAGUUGACCAAACUAUAUGAGUGUGGAUCAGAGACAGAGUUGGAGAAAAGACGUGUGGACUUGGGAUUGGAUCGUAUUAGUCAACGAUGCUUUGAUGAAGCAAAGUUAGAUGCAUUGAUCAUAGAUGAUAUGUUGUCACUCUUACAUAAUGGAGUGCCAGUGCCAAAUAUGCCAUCACAAUGGCACGCUCAAUAUAUGUCAGCGCACAAGGUCUAUCGAGUACUGCGUCUUGAGUCAAUCUUGGAGCGAUCAUUGGUUCAGGCAAAGCGUGAGCAGUGGACAUAUCAGAUCUGGAUCAAACAUUUACAUCGAAUGCUAAGGAUCACAAACAGACGACGCGAGGAAUCGUGUGGCGACGGUGACAACCAUGUCGAGAUAGUAGGCUUCAAGAGUAUACUUGCCUAUCGAUGUGGCCUUGGGAUCGACCCCCAAACGACUGAGGAUGAUGUCAUGGCAGAGUACGCGAGACUACUCAACACGGAUCCUGCGUUGGCCGGUGUGCCUACAAGUUACCGCGUGUCAUCCAAGAUCCUGAUCGUCUUCUUCCUGCGCAUGGCCCUGCGAAUCAGCGCCACAAUGAACCCGCCACUGCCCAUCCAGAUACACACUGGUUAUGGCGACAAUGACUUAGACCUGGAGAAAGCCAACCCUGUCCUACUCAAACCACUCUUUGUCGAGUUCCCCACUGUGCCCAUCGUGUUGCUGCACUGCUCCUAUCCCUACACGCGCCAGGGUGCCUACAUGUGCUGGGUCUAUCCCAACUGCUACAUUGACAUUGGGUUGGCGAUACCGAUGCUUAGCCAGCGUGGAAUGAUGGACACACUCUCCGCGCUGUUAGAGGUGUGUCCCAUGGAGAAGAUACUCUACAGCUCUGAUGCCUCACAGAUACCAGAGAUCUUCUACCUUGGUUCCAAAUGGGCGCGACACUGUCUUUACAAGCUACUCACCGAGUGCAUCAACAAUGAGGAGAUCACACUUGAUGAGGCAAAGCAGUUUGCGUCCAACAUCUUCAGAGGUACUGCCAACAAGUUGUACCAUCUUGGCCUAUCCAACUCAAGUACA